UCCCUCUCUCUCUCUCUCUCUCUCUCUCUCUCUCUCUCUCUCCCUCUCUCUGUAUUUGUGUCUUUGUAAAUGUCUUUAUUCAGAAGCCAAAGAGUCUAUCUAAAACCACAGCCUUUAUGCAUGCCUUUAAUCCAUGUGUUAGAUUUGAUCAAUUGUUUAGAGACAUUAAUAUGCACGCCAUGUGUUUGAUCAAAUGUUUUCAUGGAUGAUCAAGAAAUCUGCAUUCGAUGUCACUACUGUUCAUAAGUAAUUGAAGUUGGCACGGCAGUCCCUAGAAGGAAAAAUUAAAAAAAAUAAUAAUAGACUGUGUCGUCAUGAGUUGUGGCAUGAGUGGAAUGGGCAUAGCAGGGGAAGAGUAUGUGGAAUUUCAAUGUCCAUUUCUCGUCUUCUCUAACUACUACUAGUUUCUCUGUUGAAAUACAACCAAGGUAUGAAGUUUCAUCUUCUCUUCCAUCACGGUUACAUGGCAACACCGUAUCUGAGAUCAGUCAAAAUGGUAUCUUCUUUCUGUACAUCUGCAUUGAAGUGGGAAGGUGGUGUUUCAAUGGUGCAAGGAGCUUCCAGAGGCAUUGGCCUCGAAUUUGCAUCGGCGAAAUCCAUAAGAGAGAGAUAUGGCUCUUUAAACCUUCUGAUUAAUGCGUCUGGCAUUCUCUCAAUACCUGAUGUUUUCCAACCAGAAACAUCGUUGAGCAAAGUACAGAAAUCAUCCUUGUUACUGGCUUACGAGGUUAAUGCUGUGGGUCCAAUUUUGGUGAUAAAGCACAUGUGGCCUCUCCUAAAGGUUGGAGGAGGGUAUGGGACUGAAAGAGAUGUUGCAGUUGUGGCCAACUUAAGUGCCAGAGUGGGAUCCAUUGGGGAUAAUCGCUUGGGGGGAUGGCACUCAUAUCGAUCUUCUAAGGCUGCACUUAAUCAGUUGACAAAAACUGUGUCAGUGGAAUUUGCACGAAAGAAAGAUCCAAUCAUAUGCCUUCUAUUGCACCCAGGCACAGUGGAUACUGAUCUCUCUAGGCCAUUUCAAAGAAAUAUAGCUGAAGGCAAGCUUUUCACUAAGCAGUUUUCAGUGCAGAAGCUCUUAAGUAUCAUCAAUGGUGCUAAAAGUCAUGAUAAUGGCAAGUUUUUUGCCUGGGAUGGUCAAGAAAUCCCUUGGUAAUAGGUGAAAUCUUUUUAAAUGGAAUUCUUCGAUCAAUUUCUCAAAGUUUCUUUGUCAAAAUCAGAUGAAGAUUCAGUUGAGUGAAUUGUAUGUGAAUUAACUGGCUAUCAAUAGCUCUUGAUGCACAUUUGAAUUUGUUUAUAUGUUUUGUGAGUAGGGUUGUAAAACAAACUAAAUUAUUUGAGCCUAACUUUAAAAUUCGAUUGAGAUUGACUCAUUUUUUAAACUAGUUAAAUUUGAACA